AUGGCGUGGGCGGAGCCCCGGCCGCGGGGGCGCCUCCCCGCCCUCCUCCUCCUCGUGCUCCUCGCUGCGUCCGCCGCGCUGCCGCGGGGCGCCCGGGCGGUGGAGCUCGGGCUGAAGGUGCCCUUCAGCCCGCGGGACGUGCUGCCCAUCCUGCCGCGGCAGGUGGCGUGGCCCGUGAUGAACACGCUCCACAGCGCCGUCGACCUGCUCCCGUCCUUCGUCGCCGCCGUGGCGCCCGGGGCGCCGGCGCCCGCGGCCUGGGGCGGCGCCUGCUUCGCGGAGAACGAGGCCGCCAUCGAGCUCACGCCCGGGGACCGCAACGGGACCGACGUCGGCGGCGCCGUCCUGCGGCUCAAGACUGCUUCAGCUCAGAGCUGGACAUGCAUGGAUCUCUAUGUUUUUGCGACACCAUAUAGGAUAACAUGGGACUAUUAUUUUGCUGCUCGGGAACACACCCUGGAGAUUAAAUCAUGGGAGGAAGAAGCGGAAUUGGAAUAUGUGAAGCAGCAUGGCAUCUCUGUUUUUCUCAUGCCAUCUGGAAUGCUUGGAACUUUGUUAUCUUUGAUUGAUGUCCUUCCUUUAUUUUCAAACACUGCCUGGGGCCAACAUUCUAACUUGGCCUUUUUAGAGAAGCAUAUGGGAGCCUCAUUUGAGAAACGUUCCCAGCCUUGGGUUGCUAACAUUAGAAAGGAGGACAUACAAUCUGGUGACUUUUUGGCUCUAUCGAAGAUUCGAGGUCGAUGGGGUGGGUUUGAGACAUUGGAGAAAUGGGUAACUGGUGCAUUUGCUGGGCAUACGUCUGUUUGCUUAAAAGAUGAGAAGGGUGAUCUCUGGGUUGCGGAGUCAGGCUAUGAAAAUGACAAGGGAGAAGAAGUUAUUGCUAUAGUUCCUUGGGAUGAAUGGUGGACCCUGGCACUCAAGGAUGAAUCAAAUCCUCAGAUAGCCCUUCUUCCGUUGCAUCCUGAUAUACGUGCCAGGUUCAACGAAAGUGCUGCAUGGGAGUAUGUCCGGAGCAUGGUUGGAAAGCCUUACGGCUAUCAUAACAUGAUAUUUAGCUGGAUCGACACAAUAGGAGAUAAUUAUCCACCUCCUCUUGAUGCUAACCUGGUAAUGGCUGUUAUGUCCAUGUGGACUAGAGUACAGCCACUUUAUGCUGCAAACAUGUGGAAUGAAGCCCUUAACAAACGCCUUGGCACUGAGGGUUUGGACCUCCAGGGAAUCAUUAUAGAGACGGAAAGACGUGGAAUGUCUUUCGAUCAGUUGCUCACCACACCUGAGCAGGAUGAAUGGAUAUACAGUGAUGGCAAAUCAACCACCUGUGUUGCCUUCAUUCUUGCAAUGUACAAGGAGGCUGGGAUAUUUGCUCCUUUCACCGAGUCGAUUCAGGUCACCGAGUUCACAAUUCGGGAUGCAUAUAUGCUCAAGAUUUUUGAUGACAACCCAGCCAGGCUUCCAAGUUGGUGCAACACGGAGUCAGACAAGCUUCCCUUCUGCCAGAUCCUCGGAGAGUACAGGAUGGAGCUGCCAGAGUACAACACAAUAGAACCUUAUGCGAAGAUGAACGAGAACUGCCCAUCCUUACCCCCAACAUACAAGCGACCUGCACGCUGCUGACCGUCAGAUUGUUUACUUAGCUUGCUUCAGCUGUUAUUUACCCACUGGAAGUAGAGCAUUGUCCUAAGUUACGCUGUAAAUAAAUGGCGCGUAUAUAUAGAUAUUGGGUAGAUGAUGGUAGUUACAAGUAAUGUAUGUGUUCAGGUUUCUGGCGUCAUCCGAGCAGUUGUGGAGCUCCGGAGCAGCCAAAGUAUGUUAGGCUUUGUCCACUUGGAUCUGAAGUUUGUAUACGCUGAACAUUAUUACUUGCCUGAGCACAGUGGGCCUGGACUACUCCGAAGUUGCAGGGCAUGGAAAAAUACACGCAUGCAACGACCAAUAUUACAUUUUUUUAAUAAACUUGGCAAGGGAUCUUUGCGA